AUGUCAAGGUACGCGAGUCCCGAUCGGGACAAGCGAAUCCUUAAUCUAGCUGGAGAAAUAGCAGAUACGAAGGACAGACGCGUUCCAAUUCUCUUACUGAGUCUGAAAGGAAUAUUAAGUUCUGUUCCUGUUGGCUCAAAAGAAGCAAUCAAGUUCAGACAAGAGAUUUGGGACUACAACCUCCUCCAUGUCCUCAUUCUGGUAUUAAAGCAAGACUUCAGCAUUGUAGAUAAUGACUGGCAGACAGCAGCAUCACUCGCAGCUAUCCUCAGCCAAGUUUGUGCUGGCAUGGAACUCAAGGGGCAAGCCAGGAACAAGUUUGAGACAGAGAGUCUUCCUGAGGCCAUCAACAACCUAUUCCUUCUGGCACGCAGGAUACAGACUCGAUAUUCCAAAGUGCCAAAUGUCACAGCAAUACAGAAAGAGCGACAGCGAUUAAUGGUGUGUUACAGGGGAGUGUUGGAAUCUAUUACGUACAUAGCUUCUGGUCAUGUUGCUAUCUGUAGGAAUGUGAUCGAGUCGCCAUGGUUAUUACAGCUGCUGAUAUCAGAUGAUGCUGACACUGUUGCAGGAGUGAUGGAUCUUCUUCCCAAAAUUCUUAGGGUCAAUCGGAAACUACUAAAGGAGUUGAACCCUAAACUUGUCAAUAGUAUUAUGGAUGAACUGGUGUAUAAGUUAUCAGUCAACAAUGAAGUUCCCAUUGGAGCCGCAGCAACAAAGUGUGUGCUGAGAAUUUGUGAUUUUUACAAGCCUAUGGUAGAUACCUUAUGUACAAGAUACAGAGGAGUGAGACCACUGCUGGGGAAAUGGGAGGGAAAAGGCUUCGGCAAGGAUCUGAAAGACCUCACUAUGUUGCUACAGGCAGGCAAUGCACAGAUGGCAGAAUUAGAGCAAUUGACUCGAGCAGCAGUUAUCAUCCAAACAAGAUGGCGUAGUUACAUUACCAGAGUGAAGUUACAGAAAGCCAACAAAGCAUUUACAAAAUUCCAUAGGACGUACAGGAAAAAGAAAACUAUGAUGGAGAAAAGAAAAGAGCAAGCAAAGGAAGCUAUGGAGCUCCAACGUCAACUGAAGCUAAAUCGCCAGAGAAUCAUGAGGGACUUUAAGGAAAAACAGCUCCAAUCUAUAGAAAUCCUUCCUGCUGCCAAAGUGGAGGGUUACAUACAGAAGGAGGAGUCUAAUGCAGCAGUCACCAUACAGAGGAUGUGGCGUGGUCAUCAUGUACGAAAAUCCAACAAAGAGCGGAUAGACAUGGCCAAGCAGGUCAAAGCAGCUAUCAAGAUACAGCAAGCGGUUAAAAUAUGGCUGGAAAGAUUGGAAAAGAGAAAGAAAAAGAUCCGAGCAGAAUUAAAGCCACCUGGGUUAAAUGAACUGAGACGAGUGGAGCUACAGAAAGAAAUUCGUGCAUACAGAGAGGAAAAUCCUGCACGUUACUGCCAGAAGGAAGACUUAGAGAUGAUUCAUAACAAAGCCUCGGAGAUGUUGGCUAGAUACUACAUGACUGCACGUCCAAACAGGGAGAAACAGACCCACAGAGAGGCUUUGGUUGCUCGCAUCGACAGAGACUCUGAACUUCUGUCGUUGGCUCCUGACCUUAACCAGGCGACAGAGAAAGACAUGGAAAUGUUCUCAAGUCGGUCAGUUCCAGUGUCCAUGAAGGCUAAAACAGAUCACAUGGCUCAGAUAGAGAUUUUACGCAAGCCAUGGUACAAAAAACUUGUUGACCAGUACAUGGACAAGGAGUAUGAGGAGGAGGACCAAAUACUUUUCUAGAUCUCCUCAUCAGUGGUUCACCCAAUUAGCAUCUCAUUUACAUAUUAAUUUACUCUGUAAUUUGAGUGUUUCAUGGAAAUCUGGAUGAUUUUUCUCAAGAGAUGAUGAGGAAGCCAGAACAUAAACAUGAUAAAGAAUUAACAGUUGCCGCUUCACUCAUUAAUUUUGUGUUUUUCAUUUAAAUGU